AUGUUGAGGAAAUUUGGUGGGAGUUCAAGGUAUAGGGAUACUUAUGCCACGGAAGACAUAGGGUGUAGCAUAAGUAGCUCGGGGAAGGCGGGGUCGCGUACCCCUGAUUCGCAAAUCACAACAGUCGAUGUACAAAAGAUGCUAGAAGCUGGUAUGAAUGUAGCCAAAUUUAAAAUGUCAAGUAGUACGAGAGGGGAUAAAAUAAGGCUUCUAGGAAAAAUUGACAAGGCAGCAAAAGAGUGCUGUAAAAAAUAUAAUGUUACUGAUUGGCCUAUAGCUACUUGUAUAGAGUUAAAGACUUGUAUAGUAAAAACAGGCUUAUUGGAAACCGAAAGUGAAUUCAUUUCACUUCAAAAAAACUCUGAAAUUAUUUUGACACACAACGUCACGUACUUUAACAAAUGCAACGCUGGGCGAAUUUUUGUCGACAAUCCUUUUUUAGUAGUCGAUGUGAAGGCCGGGACGGAAAUAUCGUUAGCUGCUGAUGAAAUUAUUUUAAAAUGUACUGGUGUAAUAGAUGAUAAAUCUAUAAAAUGCGUUGUAUCCAAAGGCGGUAAACUUACUAGCCUUUGUAAUGUGUGCACUAGAAAUAUAAAACAUUCGAGACCACUGAUAACGAAAAAAGACAUCGAAAUAAUAAAAUUUGCUUUAGAAUAUCAAAUUGAUACUAUAAUAAUCAAUUACGUUCGUCAUCCCAAUACAAUAAAAAGAAUAAAACAAUUUGUUAAGACAAUGAAACUAAAAAAACCAUUUUUAUUAUGCGGCAUAUGUACUCAAGAGGGUCUUGAAAAUAUUGAUGAUAUAAUAAAGGAAACCGAUGGUUUGAUAUUGUCCAGAGAAUAUUUACCUUACGAAAUUGAAGCAUCAAAACAGUAUCGAAUGACUCAAAUUCAAAAAAAUGUUGUGGGCAAAUGUUUACAGGCAGGCAAGCCAUUGUAUAUAUCUGGCGGCGUCUUUGAAAAUGCUCUCAAAACUGGUGAUUUCAUCAACUGUGAAAUAUCAGAUGUGACUAACUCUUUAUUGGAGGGAGUUAGUGGCUUUAUAUUAAAAGAUUGUUAUGACACAGACAUCAUAGUAGAAGUGUUAAAAGGAAUGAAUGAAUUAUGUUAUACUGUUGAACCGUUGAUAUUAAAUAAGAAGACAAACUUCACUAGAGUAAUCAAUGAGCUUAAAGUACCAGUUAACGCUGCAGAGGCUGCUGCAAUAUCUUGUGUUACUAUUGCUAAUCAGAUAAAUGCACGGGUGGUUAUAAUACCAACUGUUAGCGGCAAAACGAUCAGAUUUUUGCAUUGGUUGAGGCCAUCCUGCUUGAUUAUCACUAUCAAUACUGACGUACGUGUCAUGCGCUAUCUUCGAGUCUACAGAAGUGUAAUGCCACUUAUGUAUAAAGGUGAACAACAUAACAAUUGGGAUAAGAAUAUUUCAGCGCGUAUCUUCUUAGGCGUGGAAUAUGCAGUCAAAAGAAGUUGGCUUUUGUAUGGGGAUACGUACAUAACACUUCAACGAGGAUCCGAAUUCAGCUCUUUUUGUGAUACAGUCAGAAUUUGGAAAGUCAGCAUUACUAACAAACCCAUAGUAGAAUGUCCUGACGAUGACGCAAAUCCUUUUCUCUCUGACAUGUAUUUAGAGUAAAUAUUUUAACAAAAACAUGUAAUUUA